AUGGGGUUGAUAUCUUUAUUGCCGACUGUUGAUAUGGGAAGGAAUGAAGAUGAGAUUAUGUUGGUGGAUCCGGUGGAUCCAUGUUUGGAGAUUGAGGAGGAUUGUGAGGUGAAGAAGAAGAUGUUUGUAGUGGGAGAAUUGGCGUUUCAGUGUUUACAGGUAAAUAACAAGAUGAGGCCUUCCAUUGAUGAGGUUUUAGAGAUCUUAAAGAAAAUAGAGAGUGAGAAAGAAGAAGGGGGAAAUGUAGAGGAAGAUAAAGCUGAGACAAAUACACUACCUUUGGAGACUCCAAUAACUAUGAUCAGGCAAAGUUGUUGA